UUGUUUGAUAUUGGGCGUACUAGAUAUGGAGAAGGGCAUAUGCCUGGGAUCUUGAGAGGCAUUGAUACUUCGUGUGCUAAAAAGUAUUCUGACUGGAAGUACGAUAUUAAAGAGCACUUAACGAUUAAUGGGCCACAAAAUCGUUAUGGUGGUUGCACGGAUACGCAGUGGCAAAAAGCAAUUGAUUUUUUCCGUCGCCCAGAAAUUACGAAACGUUCUGUGGUCAACAAGGAAAAUAGAAAGAAAUUGAAAGAGCUUAGCUAUGGAGGUUCUCAGUCAAUCCCAGCCUUACGCUAUAAAAAGCGCAAUUUAGAGACUGGGCAACUUGAGUCCAUCCCGGAUAGCUGGAUGGAUACUCACCAUAAAUCAGGCACAGGGUGGGUGACAGAGACAGCAAAAAAUACUUGGGAGGAAUUGCGUGCAUACCGCGACACACAGCAGACACAGGCAACUGAUACUGAGAGUUCCACACCAGUUUCGAGUGCGCCUGAAGAUGAAGACAUAUCUUUGGUACAAAAUGUCUUCGGAAAACGACGGGGCCACCAGAAAGGAUAUGGACGUAUCCUUAACAUAAGGGACCGAACUCCAUUUGAUUUUCGUCCUUCACAAACUAGAGAUGAAGAGUUGUCUGAGAUGAGAGAGCGUCUUCGACAGUUAGAGGAGCAUGUCCGGACUCAUUGUAUCACCCCGGGAUCUCAAUCUGCCCCACCACCACCACCCGAUGAUCCUGAUGUUGGAGCACCGACUCAGUAGGACUUAUGUAUGAAUUUUAUUACAAUUGACUAUUACAUUAUCAUGUUUAAGACAAGUCUUUAUUUUAAUUCAACGAAUACACUCUUAUGUUUUUUUUUAUAUCUUUAAUAUAAGUGUUUUAAUUUUA